GUAUAGUAAGUGACAAAACACAUUAUAUUGUCGGAUUAUAUUGUGCAACGUCCGCUAAACGCAUGCAUUCACUUUUAUAUGCUCCACUUGCUUCGGCCAUCUAAAUAGCCUAAUUGAUUGGCCCCUUAAUUGCAGCGCAGCUACUAUUUAUCUAACCCAUAUAAAUAUACAGCAAGUGUGUGCAAUGUGAGCCAAAGUUAAGGGGAACCAACAAAACUGACAUCCAAAGUGAUCCCGCCCCGCGUUUCCCCCUCUGCGUUUCAAUGCGAGCUCCUUUCCUCGCCGGUCCCCCGUGUAGUUACAAUGUAGUUCUUAUCAAAGCCCCCCUGUCUUGUUGUGACAGCUCUGAUAUUGUUUAUUGAGGUGGGAUGUCAGGUUUAAUUAGCAAUCGAUAUGAAAAGCGUUUGCAGACCCCGUCUCUGACGUCAGAGUCGAUUACCGUUUCUCAUUGGUCUCAAAUUCCCAAAGCCUCGGCUAAUUAUUGGAAGGUUCACGUGGAUAAAGUACAGCUCAUCCCCUCCCUUCACAUCAUGUCCCCUGCUCGUCGGCCACGCUCACUGCAUGCUUUUUAAAUCCACAUCGCCGGCUUCAAGACGUCGUUCCCUUUCGCCUGCUGCGGGAUGAUGGACAGCAGGAUACUGGAGCCUCCUCAUGCCCAGUUCGGAGGCUCGCUCGGUGGGAUGGUGGGCUUCCCGUACCAUCUGAGCCACCAUCAUGUGUACGAAUUAGCCGGUCAUCAACUCCAAUCUGCGACCGCGGUUCCCUUUUCCAUAGACGGAUUACUUAACGGGUCCUGCACGGCGUCUGUUGUUAAUUCCAACUCGCUCUUGUCUGCGGGCUGCGGUAUGAACGGAGAUAACCAGUAUAAACUGACAGACUCGGGAGAUCCAGACAAAGAUAGCCCCGGUUGCAAGAGACGGAGAACACGCACUAAUUUCACUGGUUGGCAGCUGGAGGAAUUAGAGAAGGCUUUUAAUGAGAGCCAUUACCCGGACGUGUUCAUGAGGGAGGCUCUGGCUCUCCGCUUGGACUUGAUAGAGUCCAGAGUACAGGUAUGGUUUCAGAAUCGCAGGGCCAAAUGGAGGAAAAAAGAGAACACAAAGAAAGGUCCCGGGCGACCAGCGCACAACUCGCACCCCACCACCUGCAGCGGGGAGCCCAUGGACGCGGACGAGAUCGCCCGGAGAGAGCUGGACCGGCUGGAGAAGAAGAAAAGAAAGCAGGAGCGCAGGCUGCUGAAGGCGCAGAAUAAGCUCCUCCACGGGGACCUAUUUCACACGCCCGGCUCGGACAGUGACAGCGGAGUGUCCCACGUCACGGACAGCGAGCACACGGGCACCCUUUUUAACCCUUCUGCGGGCAGGAACCAAACGCCAACGAGCUGUGACCAAACGACCCAUCCUCACACCCAUAACACCACAACCACCAUCACCACCACCACGCACAACCAAAGACAGUCGCACCACCACGACGCUGGCGGCUCCGAGCUGGACUCGUCGGACAGCAGCCAGCAGUCGAGCUUGUGUGCCAACAGCAGGGCCUCCAGCCUGCAGAAACUCAACCCCUUUAGCGUCGAGAGCCUCCUGUCCGACUCCAGACCCUGCAGGCGCAAAUCAAACGUGGACGGAUUCUCUGCCUUACCCCCGUCGCGGCCUUUGAUAGGAAAGGGACACUUCCUACUGUACCCCAUCACCCAGCCGCUGGGAUUCAUCGUUCCGCAGACUUCGUUGAAAGCAACCCCCACAACAAUGACAACAACAACAACAACAACAAAAACUGACGUCAUGGACGAUGCUGAGCGUGGUCGAGGAAAUCCGGCCAACUCGGGAUGUAAGAACCGCGCCAUGGACUAUAAUUGCGACUCGACACAGGACGAUGACGCGUUGUCGAUCAGGAGACAGGGGGUGGCUCUGCCGGAGAGAAUGAAGACGAGUUCCCCACAGAGCAGUCCGUCCCGGGCCACUUUUCUCAGUGGCAAAAGUAGUCAGUCAGUCAGCAGUGGUAGUAAUAGUAAUAGUAGUGACACGUGUUUCCCCAACGACGUGCGAGAGUCCAGGCCCCUAGACCCCAGCUCCUUACAGGCAGACGCAAAAGAGCACCUCCAAGAUAAAGACUAUUGUGACCAUUCAGAGUCAGUUAUAACUUAUAGUCCAAAAGAAACAAAGACAGACUCCUGAAAAUAAGUCUCUAAAGUAUAGCCUCAAUCUGAAGAAUUGUUGAUAUAGAUCGAGGGAUGGGAUUCAAUAGGCCAAAGUUUUAUCAUAGUCCACCAGAAUUGCAUUUAUAAUCUUUAGGCUACAUUUUCUCAGCUAAUAUCUCCAUUAUGGUGUGUUAGCAAAUAGAUCUCUCUCUCUCUCUCUCUCUCUCUCUCUCUCUCUCUCUCUCUCUCUCUCUCUCUCUCUCUCUCUCUCUCUCUCUCUCUCUCUCUCUCUCUCUCUCUCUCUCUCUCUCUCCCUCCCCUCCUCUUGUGUGUAUGUUUCGCGGGUAAAGGUUUGAUAUUUAAUGUCUGCUAAACUGUAAACAAAAAAAAACAAGACAUCAGAACCACAAAAAUCCUCAAAAUGUGUAAAAAGGUAUUAUACUAUUUAUAUAUGUAAGGUUUUCGUAAAUAAAUCUAUUGUAUACAAGCCCCUCAAAUCGUGUGUGUGUGAGACCUUACAUCCAGGAGGGUCUACAGUAGGAAGGGCUUUCUCAAGAAAUCUCAUGUUGUACUUUGUAUAUUGCCUUAACAAAUUUAUUCAUCUAUAAGCCCCACCGAAAUGAGGUUAGGAGCCUGAGGCAAAGGACCCGCUCGACUCCUGCAGAGUUUGGAUAUGAAAGUAAUUAUUUUCCCGGUGGCUACUGCGGGGAUUCAGUUUAUUUUAGCUCAAAGGGUUAUAAUACAUUACCGAUUUCUAGUGAUAUGAAAUCACAUAAACUUCCAAGAAUAAUAGAAUUAGCAUGAAAGGCUGGGGUGUCAAAUUGAAAUAGGAAAAUAAUAGCCUCGGCAGCUGGGAGUGUGUUUGUGCAUAUUGGAUAGGAGAUGGGAAUUCGUGGGGCGGAAUUUUCAUGAGCUUUUCACUUUGUCAGGGCCCCUUGUAUCCGGCUAUAUUAAGAUAGAUGUUCGAUGAUAUCCCUCAUUGUUCUGUCGCUUACAUUGAUGUUUCUGUGUUAUCAACCUAUUGAUCAUGCGUCGGCUGUAAUGGGAAGGGUGAAGCGAACGUGCCUAUUUACAAUAGCAGAACACAUUUGUUCUAAUGGGGCUGGGGCUCCCGGGGGGAUGCAUGCAGGGUCUGGGACAUCUGCGCCUCCUUCGGAAUAUUAGCAAUGAUGACCACAAGGUAUAAAAGCUGAAUUCAAAGUAAAACCUAAACUAUAACAACACACAGAAGAAGGUCUUCUAAAACAAACAGAGUUCUUUAAAAAAAAAAAAAAACAGUAUUUCCAGUUCUGAAGCCAGGAUGCGGUGUUGUUGGAAGCCUUGUUGAAAUGCCCACGAGCAUUUGUGGUAGUUUUCUCUUUUUGGCUUCUCGAUUUGCAAAUAAAUUGAAAAUAAUCAGAGGGGCAGCUUUA